CCAAACUCCCAAAGCUGUCAUAAAAGCGCAAGUCCUCGCACAAAAUGCGUUUAACACGUGCUUUACCUUGUAUCAUACUAUGGACUGCAGUCUACUCGUGUCCGACUCCAAGUCAGGAUGCCAACAUCACUUUAGACGCCCUCCAGCUGCUGGACCAGGGACGCUGCCUCUUCAGAUCCAUCCUGCCGUCAGAUACAGCUGUGCAGGUACUGGUGUGGGUCUUUGUGGCGAUGACCGUCAUCUCACUUAUCGUCAAUGGCUGCACUCUGUUCAGUCUUGGCAAUUCAGAAGACCUAUCCUGGGAACCACGCUUUGCCCUGCUGAAGAACCUCAUAGUAAGUGACGUCCUACUCAUUGUAACCCAAGGUCCAACAGUCGCACACUGUCUGCUGCAGAAGACCACGCUGCCGUAUGGAGUUUGGUGUGUCACACAGUUUUUUAUUAACACUGUUUGUGUUUUCUGCACUAUGCUUACUAUCACCUGCAUGGCUUUGGAGCGCUACCUUUAUGUGUGCCAGGCCAUCUACUACAUUAGUAUACUAACCACCAAGCGCCUUUACCUCAUAGUCGGUCUCACAUGGCUUAUAUCAACAUGCUUAUCAACAGUGAUCACAGGUUUGCUUAGUUUAGGGCACAAGAGCUCAUUGGUGGGGAAACCCAUUACAGGACUCCUUUGUGAGCCGGACACCUUAGAGGCCCACCUCGGCUUUCCACGAGGCUCUGCUGUGUUUAGAAAAGUAAUUGGGCUUUUGGUGACACUGCUUUGCAUCUUUUCCUACUCCUUCUCGUACCUGCGCAUGUAUCAGGAGGCACGCAAUGCCGUUCAGCCUUUCCAGCAGGUCAACAAGAGGGCACGCAAAACAGUGAUGUUCUACUGCUCCAUGCUGCUGCUUCAGCUGCUCCCCAUCUUUCUGAAGAUAGCCUCGGAUGCUCUGUGGGAACUGGUGGGUAACAUGGCAAUGGUCCGUUCACUGGAUUACCCUGGAGACUGGACAUCGGCAGGGACCCUACACAUCAUGCUGCUGGUGAUGCUUCAGGUCCCUCCUUGCAUUAAUCCACUCAUCUAUGGUUUGCGCAACAGAGAGGUGAGGGAAUCUCUGCCAAGGCUGCUGUGCUGGAGGAGAAACAACCGUUAA